GAAAGCAUUCGAAACCAAAACACACUUUGGCAACCAUUAUUGAAGCUAUGUCAUUGUCACAAAAAGGGACUACCAUGGGUCUAAUCUUGAUCCUAGUGUUCAUGUUAUCCGGUGAGACCAUGGCUCAAUCCGGCUGCACCACUGCACUUAUUGGCUUAGCCCCAUGCCUAACCUUUGUAUCAGGAAAUGCAUCGAUUCCAUCCGCUUCAUGUUGCUCACAGCUAUCUAAUGUAGUUCAGGGUCAACCACAAUGUUUGUGCUCGCUACUAAAUGGCGGUGGGCCUAAUCUUGGGAUAUCGAUAAACCAAACACUGGCUCUAUCGCUUCCCAGUGCUUGUAAUGUACAAACUCUCCCGGUUAGCAAGUGCAAUGGUGUUGCUAAUGGACCUACAUCGUCAGUGGCUGAUUCUCCAACAAGUAAAUCUCCAUCAGAUUCUUCUUCUAAUGAAACACGUGUUGGUGCUCCAACUAGUACUUCUACACCAACGAUUCCUGAUGUUGGUGUUCCAACUACUACAACUACACCAACGAGUCCUGAUGUUUCUUCAGGGGGUUCGAAAUCAGUCCCUUCAACAAACAAUGAUGGAUCAGAUGCAACAAUCAUUAGGGAGCCUACUCGUGUGCUAGUGGUUGCUUUUUUGGUAGCAACGUGUGCAUCUAUUGUGACAAAAUUUUGAACUGCUUCCGCUGGAAUUAUUAUGAUCUAUUGUAUCAAAACACUUUAACUUUGACUUAUAGAAAAAGUCUUUGUAAGC